AUGGACUGUGACUCGGAUUCUGACGACGCGUUGCCACCAGAAUGGCAGAUAAAAAUAUCCGAAGAAAGAGAUGGGGUCGUUUUUGUCAAUUGUUUCAAUGGCGAAGUCCGUACAAGACACCCAAUUGACGAUUGCGAACGUACUCUUUCGUCAUUUCCGGAGGGCUGGCUGCGCAUUCAGUCGCCGACGAACACCACCCUAUUUGUCAACUACCGGCAAGGGAAGCAGAGCUAUGUUGAUCCGCGUUUGGCUCUUCCGUUGAAAAAGAAGAGACGUGCUGGCCAGUCUCGCAAUAAAUGUACGCUCAAGUUCGACAGUCUUUCCACGGCCGCUGAGGUUUUAGCCGACUGCAAGCUGACAUCCAAAUUUGUUGUCCUUCUGGGUGGCAGCAAGGGCCUAGGCAACACAGUUGUCAAGGCAGUUGCUGCCAAGAAGGAGGCGAUAAUCGUCUGCGUUUCUCGAACACCACCCGCCAACUCUCAGGUGCUAUCUCGACAUUCCACGCCGAGAACUGAUUGUGUAUUUUGGGCGUUUGUUGACCUCGCCGACCUCGACAGUGUUUACGCAUUUAGUCAGGUGAAGUAG